AUGGCAUGGCCCAAGGACAUGCUGGGGCCUGACCUGGAUGGCAGGAGCUGGCCGGAGAUCGAGCGUGCCAGGCUUUGCGCCAAAUCCUGCGUGGACUUCAAGAGUGGGAGCUUCAGGCUCACAUCCGACAUUUGGAAGAAGCAGCCACCGAUACUCAGGCAGACAUGGCAUGGGUGCAGCUGGACAUGCACUGAAUCGCCCUCGCCGAAAUCGGAUUCGGAUCUGUCCGUAGGAGCCCCACCUCGAGUUCGGCCCGGGGAGGAGUUGAGGCAUAGCUUCUACAGCGAUGUCAAGGAAGAGGCUGAGCUGCCUGAAGAGGAGGACUUCACUCAGACUUGGACUGAGAAGACUUCUGCACCGGCGGCUUCGCUCGAGAAGUCUUCCAGGGUGAAGAUUCGGUCACUGGUGACCUCGACUUGCCAGACAGUGGUGAAGGCAAGUUGGGAAGCUCCAGCCCCUCCGCCAGAGCCCCUGGUUUUUUCGGGGCCGCGGCCCGGGCACCGCUCCGCCCUGCAGCUGCUGCAGGACUUCAAGGCAGCUUCUGCUUCUCCUCGGAAGCCAAAGGCGGCGCCAAAAAGGCGGUCCAAGAAGUCCAGGGCGCCGGAGAUGUUUAUCGAGCACCACCACAUCCAUCAGCACCGGCACCGACAUCACCAGGUUGUCACAAGCGAGGAGGAAGCACUACAACGCGCAAGGUGUGCAGGGGCUCCAUUUCACGAUCUGUCGGCAUCACGAGGUCGUGGCCGGCCACCUCGGACCGAGGAACCUUCGCUGCAAAGCUCCGUAUCACUGCCAGUGCUGAACCAAAGACCCAGGAUGGUGUCCUUGGGUGUGCCCACGGCGCGUUUCGGGGCACCCCCGGACCCCGAAAAGCCGGAGCCGCACUACCCGGGGGUGUCCAGCCGCAAGUUCGACGCCCUGGGGGCCCUCAAGGUCUACAGGGAGACAUUGGCCAAGGACAACUCCAUCCGCGCCAACCUGUCACACCUUCAUGCGGCCAAGCCGGGACCAGUUCGCCACAGGCGGCGCCUGGAAGACUUGUUGCCGGGCUUGGGCUCUGUGGCAGAGACCUACGAGCAUCUGGGCUUCCGCCAGGAUCCCAUCACCCGGCGCCGGGUGCUAGAACCCUUCGAGGUGCCAGAAGCGACCUCCAGUCGAGCAAGUGAUCGUCGAUCCAGGAGGAGUGUGGGCAGCCUGAGUCGAAGCCGGUCCAUGCCGGAGCGCAAGUCCCACUUCGACCCGCCUUCUGGGGGCAUUUGCUGCCUGAGUCCAGAGGACCGAAAACUGUUGGUAACGGAGAAGGACAUGAUCAUGCGGAGCGUGGGGCAGAACCGAUUUUUCACCUUCAUUUGA